GCAGAGUUAGCAUGGUUAGCUCAUUGUGUGUGUGUGUGAGAGGUGAAUGUUUGAGUGUGUGCAGCAACAAUGUCUUCAGUUCAGUCUCUGAGAGAGUUUAUCAGCGAGCGACUAACUGCUCAUGAAAUAUUCAGAGUUUGAAAAAAACCAUCGUCCGGUACGAGGAAGAGAUCGAUCGUCAGCGCAGACUGCUGGACAUCAGCUGGAAACCUCACACACACCUGCACACAACAGAACUUCCGCAGCAUUUUGUCUGGAGACGUGAGGAGCUGGAGCUUCUCACUGAGCAGCAGCUCAGGAACCACAAGAUGAACUCUGGAUUGGACCAGGAGGAACCACAACCUCCAGCAGGAGAUCAUCAACCACAGAAAACAGAAGACCAGGAGGAACCCAAACAUUUACAACAAGAGGAACCUGAACCUCCAGAGGAAGAACCAGACCUUCCAGAGAAGGAACCAGAAUCACAAGUUAAAGAACCAGAACCUCCACAGAUGAAAGAGGAACAGGAGGAACUCUGCAUCAGUCAGGAUGAAGAGCAGCUUGGUGUGAAGCUGGCAGCUGAGACCUUCAUGGUGACUGUUGGCUUUGACGAAAAAGAUCACUGGGAACCAGAAGCAAACUGGGAACAACUCCUUCAGAAUUCUCCUGAAGCUGAGACUCAAGAUCAGGAAGGAAGCAGGACUGAAGAUCCUGGAUCCAGCAGAGAAGAGGAGCUGACACAGAACGAGAGACGUCCUCAAACCAGAGAACAUGGAGACGAUGUGGACAGUCCAGAACUGAAGAGACACAAGAAAAGUCACACAGAGCAUCCACAGAAUUACACCUGGAAAGAAGAGGAGGUUCUCAUUGAGUCGCAGUUCAAGAACCAGGAGAGGAACUCUGGUUUGGACCAGGAGGAUCCACAACCUCUAGCAGGAGAUUGGCAGCCUCAAAAAAGUGAAGACCAGGAGGAACCACAUGUACAGAUUAAAGAGGAACAGGAGGAACCAAAAUGUCCACAGAUUAAAGAGGAAUUGGAGGAACCAGAACUUCCACAGAUGAAAGAGGAACAGGAGGAACUCUGUAUCACUCAAGAUGAGGAUCAUCAAGAUUUGAAGCUGGAGACCGAGACCGUCAUGGUGACAGUUGACUAUGAGGAAAGAGUCCACUGGGAACCAGAACCAAAGUGGGACCAGUUCCCUUCACAGAACUUUCCUCAUACUGAGAAACAAGACCAGAAAGAUGCCGAAACAUCUGGAGACGGAAAACUGAACCCCAAGAACCGACCUGACAGAAGCCAAAGUGUGAAAAACUUUUCAGGAAAUCUGUUUGAUCCUGAGGCUGAAGGGAAACCUGUAAAAUGUGAUGUUUGUGGAAAAGGCUUUAGGGAUAAUCAUCACAUGAAGGAGCAUAGAAGAAUCCACAUUGGUGAGAAGCCCUUUACAUGUCAAACAUGUGGGAAAAGCUUCUCUUUAAAAAGUCGUUUAACGAUUCAUACAAGGACCCACACCGGUGAGAAGCCCUACUUGUGCAAAACAUGUGGUAAAAGUUUUGCUCAACGUGGUCAAAUAAUGGUGCACAUGAGAAGUCACACCGGUGAGAAGCCCUUUUCCUGUAAAACAUGUGGCAAAUGCUUUGCCCUGAAGAAUGGUCUGAAUAUCCACAUGAAAACACACACAGGUGAGAACCCCAUUUCCUGUACAACGUGUGGCAAAGGCUUUUCUUAUAAUUAUAUUUUAUUAACCCACAUGAGAGUUCACACCGGUGAGAAGCCUUUUUCUUGUAAAACCUGUGGCAAAUGCUUCUCUCGAAAUUCUUUUUUACAAGCCCAUGUGAGGACUCACACCGGUGAGAAGCCACAUAUGUGCAAAACAUGUGGUAAGCAUUUCACUCGACAUAAUGACUUAGUGGGCCACAUGAGACUUCACACUGGUGAGAAACCCUUUUUGUGUAAAAUAUGUGGUAAAUGCUUCACUCUAAGGAGCGGUCUGAACAUUCACAUGAAAACACACACUGGUGAGAAGGCCUUUUCCUGUAAAAUAUGUGGCAGGUGUUUCGUACAAAAUUGCAGUCUGACCGUCCACAUGAAAUUACACAGAGGUGAGAAGCCCUUUUCCUGUAAAUCCUGUGGCAAACGCUUCUCUUUGAAUUCUACUUUAAAAACACACAUGAGAACUCACACUGGUGAGAAGCCCUUUUCCUGUGAGAUAUGUGGUAAAAGUUUCAGUAAUAAAUAUAGAAUGGAGCUUCAUCGAAGAGUCCACACUGGUGAGAAGCCCUUUUCUUGUGACAUGUGUGGCAAGUGCUACUCUCGUAAGAGCAUUCUGACCACCCACAAGAAGACUCACACUGGUGAGAAGCCCUUCUCCUGUCAAACCUGUGGCAAAUGUUUCUCUACGAAUUAUACUUUGGUUGCACACAUGAAAACUCACUCUGGUGAGAAGCCCUACACGUGCAACACCUGUGGUAAACGUUUCCUUCAGUCUGGUAAUUUAAUGACUCACCUGAAGACACACACUGGUGAGAAGUCCUUCUCCUGUAAAACCUGCGGCAAAAGUUUCUCUGAGAAUUAUCUUUUGGUCGGACACAUGAGAACUCACACUGGUGAGAAGCCCUUUACAUGUAAAACGUGUGGUAAAUCCUACGCUCAUAGAAACAGUCUCUUCAACCACAUAAAAACUCACACUGGUGAGAAGCCCUUUACAUGCGAAACAUGUGGUAAAAGUUUUUCCCAGUCAAAUCAUUUAACAUCUCACAUAAGGAUGCACACCGGUGAGAAGCCCUUUGCCUGUCAAACUUGUGGCAAAUGUUUCCCUGAGAAUUAUCUUUUGGUCGGACACAUGAGAAGUCACACUGGUGAGAAGCCCUUUUCCUGUAUAAUGUGUGGGAAAAGUUUUGCUCAGAAUAGCUAUUUGACCGUCCACAUGAAAAAACAUUUAAGUGACAAGCCCUUUACAUGCAAAACAUGCGGUGAGAGUUUUAAUCAUAGGCGAAAGUUGGCGUCCCACAAGAGACUACAUGCAACAACAGAAAGUCAAUAAAUAUUUCUUGACAAAUAAACAAGCCCUCGCUCCACAACCCUCGCUGCUUCGUUUUCUUGCUCUUUUUUUGUCUCCGUUGCCUUUGACGUCUUCGU